AUGGCAACCUCGCAGUCAUUACCUACCUCGUCGAUAGCCCCUAGUAUGAAGCCGGAGGCCUUGACAGACUUUGUAUUAUUCGAGGAAAACGAACCUAUAUAUUUCGACUCGCGGCAUGCAAUGUUAGAGAACCCAAGUAGUAUAGAUAAUAAUCUACAUACACGGCAGCAGCAUCAAGAGGCAGUUAGCAAGCCAUUCUACCCCAUGGACCUUCCGCCAGCUACGUCGGCCUCAUCAUUCGACAACUACCCAGCCUACACCGGAUACGGGAUCUCAGAAAGCUUCGCAGACGAGAUGCCCCCAGCCCCAGGCGUCCUAGUCCACCCUCCGACAUUUCCUUAUCCGUCUAAUAUUCCUCAGGAAGACUACAGGCAAAGCCCCUUCCCUUCUCCAGUCACCUCGGCCGGUGGAUGGGAUGGUCACUCCUCAGUCACAAGUGCUAUCUCUGGAUCUGAAGCUGGCAGCAACUCACCUUACCUCAAUGACGACGGCCUGUACACUACUCAGUAUCCCACUGCAACAGGAAGCGUCGACCCUUCGCUCAUCAGCAUCCCUUCGCCAAACCAGCUGAACGAUGAUGCCCCGGCCUCGGCUUCGUCACAUGGCUCACCCGAUUGGCAAUCGGCACCAUCUCCAACUUCUAACCCUGCGUCGCCAGUAUUCAACAAGCCAGCAAGAUCUGGUGGAUCCGUUGGCCGUCUGUCACCUUACCCAGCACGCGAGCGCCCAGCUCCUUACCCAACCCGAAGGCCAUCAGUAUCGUCCCAGGGCUCCCGCAGGUCCCAUGGAUCACCAAUUGGAGCUGGUAAUUUGGAAUGGGGGGCCAGGGCACCAAGCAGCUCUGCCAGCGUCCCAAGCAGCCACAGCGGUGUUGGAUUAUCAGGAAAGGAUACAGUCUGCCCAGAGUGCAACAAGAGUUUUAGGGAUCUCAGGGCACAUCAACUCACCCACCAGUUGGAGCGACCAGUGAAGUGUCCGAUCGCAACAUGUGAAUACUCGAAAAAGGGAUUUGCUAGAAAAUAUGACUGCCAAAGACACACUUUGACACACUACAAGGGAACAAUGGUGUGCGGGUUCUGUCCUGGAUCCGGGUCAGCAGUGGAGAAGUCGUUCAACCGUGCAGACGUGUUUAAGCGCCACUUGAUGUCUGUACAUAACGUCGAGCAGACGCCUCCAAACGGCCGCAAGAAGAUUGGAUCAAAGCAAGGUUCUUUCACUGCGUCCCCUACGGAGGAAGACCGCUUUUCUGGCGCAUACAUCACCGGAAAGUGCAGUAUUUGCGCGGUCACUUUCGCCACUGCUCAGCAGUUCUACGAGCAUUUGGAUGAGUGCGUGCAGCUCAAGGUUGUCCAGGAGGAGCCAGCUGCAGCAUUCAACGAAAUGAAUCUUGACUCGGUCAAGCUAGAAGACAUGGAAGAGACUUCAGAGAAGGGAAAGCGAUUCAACAAAGAUGAGGAGGAGGAAGACGAGGAAGAUGAUGAAACCUUUACCCCACCCGGCCGCAAGUCCACCGGCAAGCUUGGACGCAAUGGCUCCAAGCGAGCCACUCGCGGGGGAGCAAAGAAGCCCGCUUCCGGGAAUGGAAGCGAACAGAUGGUGACGAAGAGAAGAUGUCUCAUGGUUUUCGACGGACCGAAGCUAUUGUGCCGCGAUGAGAUGAUGAUGAGCACCGAGUGGGAAGUCAGAGCCCCGCUCGGCGGAGACUCGUAUGUCUCCGACCUUGACUUCUGGACUAUGAGGCGCGCAGAGGCCUUUUUGGACGCCGCGCCCAGCAAGGCUGCACAGUCCACAUCAAGUGGGAUUGUGGGAGAAACGAGAUAA